AUGCCUACCCCCGAGUCAGAAGCGUUUCUCGCGAAGAAACCGAAGGUCCCACCAACUUUUCAGGGGGUCGAUUUUGCUGAUAACGAGGCUGUCGCGAACGCCAGAGAUGCAAUCAUCAGGGAACAAUGGGUCAAGUCAAUGAUGACAAGAUUAGUCGGCGAAGAGAUGGCAUCUAGCGUUGCAGCUCUUGGUUAUGGUCUUUACAUGGUCUUCCGAUGCGCAAGAGCUGGAUCAGCUAGGAACACAGCAAAGAACCUAGAAAGCGAGCAAAAGCAUGGGAACAAGACUGCUGACAAGAUAUUCCCCCAGGAAAAUGCUAUGCACGUGAAGGAGUAA